AAUGUCACCUGAUGUUAGUUAACCGUGUUAGCUAGCGUUAACUAGCAAGCUAACCCUGACUUCUGUCAUCUGCAGUCUAGCAGUCAGGUUGCUAGCUGGAACAUAAAAUAGGUGCACAUAUGAAAUUAUGUUGAGUUGAAUUUUAGUCUAGAAAUCCCAUGAAAAUGUCAGCAUUUAAUGAAUGAGUUUGUAUGCAGGAAACACAGCAGCAGGCUGAAGUAGAGCAGGAUGAAACAGCUGUGUCUUCAGGGUUUCAGGUGAGGUCCUAAUUAUGAAAUAUAUUUUAGAACUGUAGGGAGGCAUCAGCAUUAAAGUCAGUCUUUAGGAUGUUCAACAAAUACACAGUAUAACCUUUGAAAGUCAACAUAUUGGUCAUGAGUUUGUUUUGAAAAAAAAUCUUACAUCAAAACAACAUAAGAUCCUAUUCAUUGAAUAUUAACAUUUCCCUCAAAAAUAAAUGGGAUCCAAAGUUUAACUAUAUGUUUAUAUCUUCAUCAAUGCAUUAUGAAUAUGUAAAAAUCAUGUUUUUUUAUUGCACAUUCCAGGUAAUAUCAAUCAAACUGCAGUUGGUUUGUUUUAAUUAAGUGAAAAUAAAUGUAAUCAAAACAACCCAAUUGCAGCUUGAUUUGUAUUACCUGGAAUGCACAAUUUAAAAAAUGAUUUAUGAAAAUGAAUUAAAAUGGUGGAUAUCUGUUUUUGCAAAUGAACUCUUCAUAUGCUAUUACGGAUUAAUUGUAAAUGACCAAUUUACAUUUAUUGUAAGUACCAUAGUCUACCUAUUUUAAUGUUAACUUAGUUGCAAGUUAUUAUAACACAGGAUGCAAAAGAAUAAUUUGCAAAUGUUGUUACAGACCAGGUUAAGUUUAGUUUUCUCUUUGGGAGACAGUCAGUGUGAGUGAGGACGAUCCUGAAGCACGUCAGUGUAGCAGUGUCAUGGACAUGGGGAAUAAGCCAUACCAGCCUGAUCCAAACCAUCGAAGUACAGCAACUUCCAAUCAAGAUUUGACGGUUUCAGGCGAACUGGUACAGUCAGUAUUCAUGGCUUCACUACAGUCCAACACUGAAAAGGUUCUUUGUUUUGAGUGUGUCAAAUCAUACACCAUAAAAAAGACCACUUUGGAAAAAAGAAUGACCCUGCCUUAUGCACAAAGGGUUUCAAUAAUUGGAAGAAUGACACAGGUAGCUUUAGCCGCCACAAAGCUGUAUGCCAUGGACAUCAAGAAGCCCUUGACCAAGUAUAUCUUAAAUAUAUUUGCCAACAGUUUGUACCUGUCAAUGACCGACGUAGGCAUCUGUUUGGAUUGUUUAAAUAGACACCAAGGACUCUCAUGAAGAUUGUUGAUGUUGGAUGCAAAACAUUUUUUUUGUUUUUUUUCACUUUUCCGUUAACAAGUAAUUUCAUAGUUUACUUUCUUUUAGUCUUUGAUCUGUUGCUUUGUUUAAUUUGUAUUUAAAUGUAAAUGCAGAUCUUAAUGUAAAUAUAGAUGUUACAUUUUAAUAAACCAGUUGGUUGUCAACAUUAAACAGUCCUUUUUUUUCCAGGGUGGGUGUCCCUACCAAUAUUGAGACCAAACCUACACCCGAUGUGUGAAAUGUAACACGAACUCCAAGGUGAGUGUUUUUACUUGUUACUGUACAUGUUGUUAUGUGAAUAACAGUAGUAAUAUUAACAUUGUCAUAAAUAAAUACACACACCAUAAUCUGUUUGCUGUAGCUCUGUGUUUAUACAUACAUAGGCCGUGUGUGUGUGUGUGUGUGUGUGUGUGUGUGUGUGUACACCAUAAUUCAAUGUCUAAUAUUUUAAAAACGGAAGCAGCACAAACAAAGCUUUUAUCGGCACAAACGGAGCACAAACGAUUGAGACUACUUUGCCGACGUUUUGCGUUGGGUGGGGGCCAACAUGACGCAGGUUAUUCAUGCACCUGGGGUUCUCGGGUGUUAAAAUGAGUCUCCGCCUACUAGUGUAUAACUGAAAGUGAAACCAGACCCGUCUGAAAGCUCACAUAGACCAGGAAGAUGUCUUUUUAAAACAAAUGCUGAAUUUAAUUACUCCGGAUCGAGUGGAUCAGAGAAGAGAAUAAACAAGAUGAGUUUUGAUAAAGAGAGGAGUAAAGGGUUAAAAAGGAGAAGGAAAGAGGACAUGGCUGAUUCUUUAUCUUCACAACUAAGACAAGGCAGAAGGAAGAGCAUGCAUACAGCUACUGACUUUGCAGGUGAAUCCAGCAGCCUCCUGACUGAAGAGCAGUUACAGUGUUCUAUCUGUCUGGAAGUGUUCACUGAUCCCGUCACCACUCCAUGUGGACACAGCUUCUGCAACAGCUGCCUCACACAAAGCUGGGAUACGCGUCAACAUUAUUAUUGUCCAUAUUGCGAAGAGAAAUUCACCAAGAGACCUGAAAUCAAGAUUAAUAUAACACUGAGAGAAGUUGCAGAUCACUUCAGGAAGAAAACAGUCUCAGAUAAGUCUCAGAUUCUUUGUGACUUCUGCACUGGUGUGAAGCAGGAGGCCUUGAAAUCCUGUCUGGAUUGUGGUGUGACUCUCUGUUCAUCUCAUUUAGAUCUUCAUAAUAAUGUUCAAAAAUAUAAGAAACACAAAGUAAUAAAUGCAGUGGAGAACCUGGAGAAAUACAUUUGCCAGGAGCAUGAGAGACCUCUGGAGAUGUUCUGUAGAGACGAACAGAAAUGUGUGUGUCGGGUCUGUACUGUGACAGACCACAAGAAUCACAACGUUAUUCCAUUAGAGGAGGAGAGUGGACAGAGGAAGAGUCAGCUGGGGAAAACACACACGGAGCUGCAGCAGAUGAUCCAGGAGCGACUGAAGAAGAUCCAGGAGAUUAAUCACUCAGUAGAGCUCAGCAAAAGAAACACAGAGAAGGAGAAAUCAGACAGUAUUGAAGUCUUCACCGCUCUGAUUCGCUCCAUUGAGAGGAGUCAGGCUGAGCUGCUGGAGGUGAUGGAGAGGAAGCAGAAAGCAGCAGAGAAGCAGGCUGAAGGACUCAUUAAAGAGCUGCAACAGGAAGUCGAUGAGCUAAAGAGGAGAGACACUGAGCUGGAGCAGCUCUCACACACUGACGAUCAUCUCCACCUCCUACAGAUUUAUCCGUCACUGUGCAUCGCUCCACACACCAAGAACUGGACUGAGAUCAGGAUUAAAACUGAACCGAGUGUGGAAGCUCUGAGGACGACUCUGUCUCAGCUUCAGAAGACUCUGAAUGAGAAACUAAGUGUAACUCUGAAUGAGAAACUCAGUGUAACUCUGAAUGAGAAGCUGAAGGAAAAAGUCUCCACAGAACUGAAGAGGAUUCAGCAGUAUGCAGUGGAUGUGACUCUGGAUCCUGAUACAGCUUCUCCUUAUCUCAUCCUGUCUGAUGAUGGAAAACAAGUGACGCAUGGAGACACAAAGCAGAAUCUCCCAGACACCUCGAAAAGAUUCACUUAUUAUCCAAUGGUCCUGGGAAAUCAGGGUUUCUCCUCAGGGAGGUUUUACUAUGAGGUGCAGGUCAGCAGGAAGACUAAGUGGGAUUUAGGAGUGGUCAGAGAGUCUGUUAACAGGAAGGGGAAAAUUGCACUUAAACCUCAGGAUGGAUUCUGGACCGUGAUUCUGAGGAAGGGGAAUAAGUAUACUGCUUGUGAUGAUCCUGGUAUCUCCCUCUCCCUGAGAGAGAAACCCCAGAAGGUGGGCGUGUUUGUGAAUUAUGAUGAGGGUCUGGUCUCCUUUUAUGAUGUUGACGCCAGGUCUCAUAUCUACACUUUCACUGGUCAGUCUUUCACUGAGAAACUGUAUCCAUACUUCUGCCUUUCUAAUAAUGAUGGAGGUAAAAACUCAGCACCACUGAUCAUCUCUCGUGUAUCAAAGACUGAAUAAAUUCAGUCAAUUAUAUACAAUUACCAGAAUAAAAGACAAUGGGCCUCAUUUAGGGCCCCAUAUUUCAGAUCUUUUUGAAACUGAUGGAGGUAAUGUUUUAAAUCUCAUAUGAUAAAAACUGAAUAAAUUCUCACAUCAUCAAUUCAUUAAUGUAUGAAAUGGCCAGAAUAAAAAACAAUGGGUUUCCUUUGUGAAUUUUUAAGUAAAGUUGUGUAAAUGUUUUUCAUAGGCCAAACUGAACUUUCAGUAAAGUGCAAAUCACAUACAGUUUCCAUAAAAGGAAAAGGUCACAGAGAGCUGAAAGAAUAAAAUGAGCUGAAGUAUACAUAAUAUUUUUUGUUAGUACGUGAAUGUAUGGCGUAAAUGGUAUCUGAUUAGCAAGACCAAGCUCAGUGCUCGGAUUAGUUUCUGUCCCACUUUAGAUAAAAAGUGCCUGCUAUAUAAAAGUCUAGCUCCUAAAAAGAAUCCAGAUAAACCUGAGUAAAACCUGAGUAAAAAAAUGUUUUUACGUGUAAUCAUAUUACAUGGGUGUCCAUUCUAAUCCGUACAGGACCAGUGUGGCUGCAGGUUUUAAUUCCAACCAAUCAGGAACCACAUCUGAUAUUCGAUUGAUACAGCUGGAAUCAGAUGUGGCUCCUCCUCAGUUGGACUGAAAACCUGCAGCGAUGCCAAUCCUUUAUGGAUAAAAUUGGACACCCCUGUUCUAUGGAGUUGCUUUUUAAAAAUUGCUCCAUUUUUUAAAAUUAAAGUUUAUAUUUAUACCGUCAAAUAUGUUUAGUCUAUAAUGAACUCGGCUACACUGUAUGGUCAUUUUGUCAAAUAAUUGUUAAAAUUGUCAUAAAAUAAAUGUUGAUAGCGAGUUAAAAUCAUUUAUUUUCUUCACCAUAUAACCCUGUUCCUGGUGUUACAGUGUAAAUACAGCACUUGUUUUGUGUUUAGUGAACUUGUUUCCAUUUUUAUGAGAACAUUUCAUAUGCAAAGUCAAAUAAUUAUAAUCACAAUAUCAACAACUCACUCGUCCAAGUCUAAAUGUUGUAGAGAGUUACAAAUACUUGAAUUGUGACACGAUCUUGGUGUUUUCAACUAUUGAAGCUGGGUUUGCUGUUGAUGUAACGUAUAAAUUUAGCAAUUUACUAACACAUCUGAGGUAAAUUCUUAUCUUUGUUGUUUUCUCUGGGGCUGUGCCAUUAUUCAGUCCAUAUAAUGGAAUUAACACUCCAGCUGGUUAAAUAAUUAGUCUCUCUUAUUAGCUAGCAUGUGCUCAGUGUCCAUAUAUCCAACUUGUGUAGCAACAGUGUUUAACCCCUUGAAUGGUACAUGCAUACAGUGUGUGUGUGUGUGUGUGUGUGUGUGUGUGUGUGUGUGUCCUGCUGAAUCAAAAGUACAAAAGCAGAAGUUUUAUUUGGAGACACCAAGAGCUGCUUAGUACUACAAAGCCCCGCCCCCAUUUCCUUAAAAGGCAUUCUGUGAGGUAUAAAAGUUAACCAACCAACAAUGUUUGUAGACAGAAUGUAUAUUUCAAGGCUUGUAUUCUUUACUUUCAAUUUUAUUAUUGUUCAGUUUGUAUACACCUGGUUAAAAUAGCAAGAGUUUCAUUAAUAAUAGUCAUUAGUUCAUACAGAUUUACUAAAUUGAUCAACUAGAGCUUUUCUGUGUUAAUAUGCGGAACCGCCUUUCUCUGAGCGAGUAGUGACAUCACAAAGCAUGAGUGAGAGUGAAACUAGAUCAGUAAAGCUCACAUCAACCAAAAAGACUUCUUUGAAAAACAAAUGCUGGAUGUAAUUACUGCGGAUUAGAGCUGCAACAAAUAAUUGAUAAAAUCAAUAAUAAUUGAUUAGAAAACUGUUGUCAAUGAAUCUCAUUAUCGAUUAAUUGGUCUUUGUGUGGCACAUUUACUCAUUACAUUACCUCUGUUCCGAAAACACGCAUCGGAGAGUAAAUACUAAAGUUGUGUCCCAAAUGACGUACUAUACAUUUAAACUAUGCACUUACACUAUGCACUACUCUAGGGUCCGCAGACCCCUUGGUCAGUGGUGUAAUUGCAGGGGGUCCUUAGGAAAGUUUAUAAAAUGUUUAAAUAAUAUAUGUAUUAUAUAUAAUAUUUUGUUAAAUGUAUCAAAACAUAUUCAAAUGAGAUGUUUUAAAAUUAAUCAAUUUGGUUAUUUGCAAAUAUCACAUUAGCUGAGCUGAC